GUCGGGGAUUGUUGUUAUAGUACGUUUGAGACCGCUGUGAUGGCCGCGUUUUGGACUGGAGCUGUCGGCCGCACCCUCAGCCUAGGGACUGGAGGACUGUGUGUGUGUUCCUCUCCAUGGUGUCACUCACAGCAUCUGGAUAUGGUUUUGGAGAAGACCAGUGGGCUUUUGCACAGAAAAUAUGGUGAAUGUCCUUGUAAUUAUGUUUAUUUGACUUGAAACGUGUAGCCUCUGAGCCCCAUGUCUAAAAAGAAGAAAAGAAGAAGAAAAAAAGUUUGUCCCAGCAAAAGAAAAGAAAAAAACUCAACAAAAAAAAAUAAGAAAACGGCGAACUUUCUGUUGGAGGAAGUGGAAUCAGCUGCGAUGAUGCAGCGAUGCGAAUGAAAGGCCUAUAUCAAAGCUGCCACAGAGAGAAUGUGAGUCAGACCCAGUCCCUGGAGGUGAGAGACUGAGGCGCCCUCUCAAAGCCCGCCCCGCGCUGAGAGAAAGAGGGGGAGGAAAGACAGGCGAGAGAGAGAGACCGGGGGAGCGAGAAAACGGCGAGGAGGUUCUAUAGCGGCAGUAUUUGGAGAAUUACCACGAGCGGUAGCCGAGUGGGAAUGUCGGAGGGGGUCCGGUGCGCUCAUCAAACGGUCUCCAUCCCUUUCGCUGCGCCGGUCAGCGUGUCGCCGCCACUGGAGAGAACCGCAGGCGAGGAAGUCACAUCGGAUUAAAGCGCAAAUCAAAGUAUCGCGUAGACAUCUGAGAGGCAAGAGGAACUUAGGACAGGGGCGUUCGAGAAAUGGAUCUUGUUAACGCAGAUAUGUGAUUUGAUUUUAUGCGAAGAGGCAACACAUUUGGAUACAGAUGGUCCUUCAUAUUGAAAUAUGAUAGGUAGUUUUCACGUUGGUUUGAGCUUCGUGUUUAUGAAGUGGCGAGCAGGAUACAAGCGCUUUCCCGGCGCCGAGUGACUGAGAGUGGAGAGGAGACAAGCGUGCACAGGCUAACAAUUAAUGACGAUUAUUACUCCGAGAUCUUCUGAAAUGUGCCUUUGAGUAGAAAUUGUCUUAUUCUCAUACACAGUUACUGGAGUCACACCUAGGGGAUGCCAUGAACUUUGAAGAGUGAAAGUUAUUAUUUUGGGAAUUAGGUAAACGUUUUGGGUUGGCGUAUUAUCAUCCUUGCGCAAUGGGAGAAAAGUUUCGGACCUUCUCUUGGAGACGCUCUUACGGACGCCCGCUAAUGGGUAGGCUAGCCUAAAUAACAUGCGAAGUUACCAGUUGACUGCACAGACUAUUCUGAUUGACAAAAAGGACCAAGGAUGUCUUGAAUGUAAAAAAUAACAAAAUACGACCGAUCUAAAAAGAAAAGAACUCAAAAGAACAGCCAAAUCACAUCUAUUAAAGAGAGGGAGACUGUGGAAGGGACAGAGAAAUAUUCUAAAGUCUGAUCUUCAGCCAAGCGGAAGAGUGCGAGCCCAGUGGAUAUUCAGAUGUCGUACGAGCGGGGUCAGACGUGGAGGAUGGUGCUUCUCUGUCUGGCCGCUCUGUCCUGGGUGACGGCCUGGGCCGAAGAGAAGAUCAUCUUUGAUAGACACGCUGUCUACUGGAACAGCUCGAACCCGAGGUUCUGGCAUGGUGAAUACAGGGUUGCGGUCAGCAUCAAUGACUACCUGGACAUCUACUGUCCCUAUUACGACGGCCCUCCGGCCCAUGGUCGUAUGGAGCGCUACAUCCUGUUCAUGGUCAACCACGAGGGCUACACUUCCUGUCAGCACAGGAUGCGGGGCUUCAAGCGUUGGGAGUGCAACCGUCCUAGCGGUCCUGAUGGAGCACUGCGCUUCUCAGAGAAGUUCCAGCUCUUCACCCCCUUCUCUCUGGGCUUCGAGUUCAGGCCUGGACACGAGUACUACUACAUCUCAUCUCCUCAUCCGAACCAUGUUGGGAGGGCGUGUCUUAAGCUGAAGGUGUAUGUCAGACCCCCAGAUGGUUCUGGCUACGAUUCUCCGGAGCCCUUCCUGACUGAUGGAGGUCCAAGCUUGAUGCCAGUGUCCUACUCCCUCCUGCCCGCCCUGGCCUCCCUGCUACUGGGACGGGUCUCAUCGCUGUGACCCCCCACACCCCACCCCCCUCCCUGGAGCUCCUGCCCAGGGUGGCUGGGCUGGCUAUCCCUGGAACCCCCACCAGCCCUCAGGGAAGCCAUCUGUCUGUUCUCCCCCACCUCGUCUACCACCACCAACCCCCUAAACCCACUACCAGCCCUCUCCACAUCCCAGCCCCAGACACCCUUCAGCGCUGGGUGGAGCGGACCUGUUGCUGUAGAUAUGCACCUCCCUGCUGGUCGACAUGGGGAUUCUCUUUGCACUCAUUUCAGGGGUUAGCUGGGUUUGAGCCACCUCCCCUUCCCCCUGCUGGGUGGAGUUAGUGGGGAGGACAGGGGGUAAAGGGGGCUAGGGUGUAUAUUUCAGGUAGGGGAUGUGUCUUGUCUAAUUCAUGUCUUUAAUCGAAGCAUUUAUCACAGCCUGUCUAAGCAGGCGUCUGGCACUGUUUGUUGACUCAGUGGCUGUUGAGAUCAUGACUCUCAUGUAUGAAUGUACCACUGGUCACCCAACUAUCGUCUAACUAUGUAUGUAUGUAUGACUGGUCACCUGCCUUCUCUGACUGGGACGGUGUGAGGGGGUGGGGGGGAGUAGGGAGUGUGGGUUGGAGGGAUUGGGAGAGAUGGACAGAAAGAGAGAGAAAAGGAGGAGGCACAGAAUUGCAUGACCACUGUGAAACCUAAUCUGAACUGAUCUUGUUUGUAAUGAUGACCUCUAUUUUUUCACCGCGAGACGUGGACUCACAAAAGCAACCGACACGCCGGGCUGAGAAUGUCGAAACCUAGAAAGGAAAUCCAGAAUCCCUCUCCUCUCUCGUGAGCCCAUCUUGGAUUUGACUGCUCUGGCCGACAGCUAGACAAAUGGACAUCAACCACAACUUGACUGACCUGAUCAGCCGUUGACCAGCCGCGGGCUGGUGUGGAUGGACAGAAGGAGAACUGGAGCUGGCCCCGGGUCGGUGCUGAAGGCCUCUGAUGAGGGAGAAGGGACAGUGCGGUGACCGUGGUGUGACGAGGGGUUCCCACACCGUGACACAGAACCAGCGCUGACAGAA